AUGCCGCGGAAUCAUCAAGUCCCCAUCAACCAAUUCCCCUCAAACUUGUACAACAUGUACGAUGAAUUUGAGGUUGAAGAUUGUUUAAACCGAAGGGUUGUGCAAGUAGAAAAUCGGAGAAAGGUCCAAUAUUUGCUAAAAUAUGUCGGGUACGACAUACCCGAAUGGACGGAUUUUUCUAACUGCAAUAACUACAGGUCCCUCAUUGGGGAAUUUCUACGUAAUGAAAGGGCUGCUACAGUGGACCAGGCCGGACCAGCCGAUGUCAACGGUGAGGUAGAGCUGGACGGCGAAGCCUUGCUAUAUUGCGAGGCUUUGCUGGCCAGCGAAGCUUCACCAUUAGGCAUCGGCGAUUCGGCCGGGGAACCUGAUCAGCUGUCUGAAGGGCCUGAUUCAAACCUCGAGCCGCCGGCCAUCGAGACCCCAGCAAUCAUGCUCCCGGCCGUCGAGACCCCAGCCAUCAUGCCGCCGUCCGUCGAGCCGCCGGCCGUCGAGACCCCAGCCAUCAUGCCACCGAUGGCAUCGAAACAGGCGCAACAGGCUAUGGCGUUGCUGGGCCAAGGGUUUCGGCUUUUGGGGCCUGUCCUGAGGCACUUGGUGGCCAGUGAAAAGGCAGGACUACCUGGUCCUUCUUCCCCUCUACCUGGUCCUUCAUCCCCUCUACCUGGUCCUUCAUCCCCUCCACCAUGUCCUUCAUCCCCUCUACCUGAUCCUUCAUCCCCUCUACCUGAUCCUUCUUCCCCUCUACCUGGUCCUUCAUCCCCUCUACCUGGUCCUUCAUCCCCUCCACCAUGUCCUUCAUCCCCUCUACCUGAUCCUUUAUCCCCUCUACCAGGUCCUUCAUCCCCUCUACCAGGUCCUUCAUCCCCUCGACCAGGUAGUGCAACGCCUCGUCCUGGCCACCAUUCAGGAUCACCCAAAGCCGGUCCAGCAUCGCCUAUCGCAGGUCCAUCAAAACGGAAAAAAAUCCGGUCGGAGGAGAAAAAAUGGAAAUACAAAAUAUGCAUUAAGGUAAGUUUAAUUUAAUAAAUUUAUCAAAUUAGUUCUUUCCCUUAACUCUUUUCCCUUAUUUGCAGUGCAAAACAAAAGGCCACAUUUCCAAAUUUUGCCCCGAGAAGGUCAACAAUUUCCCUCCUCCACUACUUUAUCCUCCUUCUUUUCCGCCUCCUCCUGUAAUUCUUCCUACUUCCUUUCCGCCUCCACCUCUACUUCUUCCUCCUUCCUUUCCACCUCCUCCCCAUUACUACCCACGUCCUCCUUUUCCCGUUCCGCAUUCCACCUUCCACUACCCUAACUUUAAUGCCAAUAAUUUCCGCCCUCCAUUUUAAUUUACUUUUUUUUUAUUAUUACUUUCUCUUAUUCUAAACUAGAUUUUCAUUUCCCACUUGUCCUUCCCUCUU